ACUACUAAGCUUCUGGUACAGUGUUCCGCCACGUUUGUUUAUUUAUCCUGGUUUCCCUUUAAUACUCAGUAACGUUCGCUUAUGAACAUAAUGUUAGUUGUAGUUGUUAUGGGAUUUACAUGAUCACAAAGUCAACUGAAAGCCGUUUGUAAUCGGAAUUGAAAAUAAACUAGCUAUUGUUAGCUAGUUUAACUAGCUUUAUAUUUGUUGCUCUGGGGUAAUGACUGUUUUCCCUCUAACGCCAUUUAAUUCUAAAAAAUUUAAGAACUAUGGUUCGUCUCCGAACAGUAUUUGGCUGUAUGACUUUUCAGCUUAGUUUUUUUUUUUUUUAUAUAUCAGUUUAUUACAAAAAGAUAAACCAGGUGACAGCUCAUAAGUCCCUGAAGCUAAAGCCAAAGGAUGGAUCCUGCUCUAUUGAGAGAAAGGGAGCUUUUUAAGAAAAGGGCACUUUCCACCCCAACUGUAGAGAAGAGACAGGCUGCCUCAGACUCGGGAUCACACAAAAAGAAGAAACCCAAAGUUGACAAGGAGAGCUCCUCUAGUUCCAAACUCAGUAGUGAAUCUAAUGGCAGCUUCAACAUUAAGACGAGCUCUGGGUACAAGUUUGGUUGCCUGGCCAAGAUAGUAAAUUACAUGAAGACGAGGCAUCAGAAUGGGGACACGCACUUCCUGACCUUAGAUGAGAUUCUUGAUGAGACCAAACUUCUAGACAUAAGCAUGAAGCAGAAACAGUGGCUCAUGAAUGAGGCCUUGGUCAGCAAUCCAAAAAUUGAAGUCCGGGAUGGAACCUAUGGCUUCAAGCCUAAAUACAACCUGAAGGACAAGAAAGCCUUACUGAGGCUGCUGGAUAAGCACGACCAACUGGGCCUGGGAGGAGUCUUACUAGAAGAUGUAGAGGAAGGGCUGCCCAAUUCAGCCAAGGCCAUCAAGGCUUUGGGGGAUCAGAUCAUCUUUGUUACAAGACCAGACAAGAAAAAGAUCUUGUUCUACAAUGACAAGCAUUGCCAGUUUGCGGUAGAUGAAGAAUUUCAGAAGCUGUGGAGGAGUGUUCCAGUUGACUCUAUAGAUGAGGACAAGAUUGAAGAGUACCUGAAGAAACAAGGCAUUUCCUCCAUGCAAGAAACGGGACCAAAGAAAGUGUUACCAAUUCAAAAGAGAAAGAAGCCAGCCGGACAGAGGAAGAGAAACUUCAAGACGCACAACAACCAUUUGGCUGGAUUACUGGAGGAUUACUCAGAUGGCGUGCCUGUAAAGAAGUGAAAUAUAUUCAUUCAGUCCCAUAUGUAACACAGAAAUGCAUGGAGAUGGUUAUUCUAGACUCACUAUAACAUAAAAACUGCUGAUGAAUGUUAUUUCAAAAAAUUAGCUGUUUUUCUCUCCCCUUUCUUUGCAUUCCUCUCAACAAUCUCUGGUUUUAUGUUACAUGGAGUCAGUAGUUGCUGUGUUGUGGAAACCUUUUGAGUAUAAGUCAGUGAAGGACAUGAAUACUUGGAUCAUUAGGAUAGCUGGCGCCCUCACCAAUUAAAGGGGAAACCACAACUUUACUGUUAAAGUAAAUAAGGUUGAAUUGUGUAGCUUUCUUUCAUAUUGUUUGUAUAUAUUUAGUAUAGUGUGUGGAAGGUUUUUAUUUGAAUGGUUAGCAACGGUUAUGCUUUUGUAAUAACUGCAAAAAACAGCCUUGUGUUGUGCAGUGUAUCGCAUCACACUGAAAACUCAUCCAGCAGGAAAUGUCUUCAGCUUUGUGGAACUUAAAAUAUUUAAAUGCGUUUUACUUUGCAACACUGUGAUAGUGGUUUAAGAAAUACUGGCAUUUUUGAACCAACUCAAAUAAAUUAUACUGCUACACAAAACUGCUUUGAUUAGAUCAAUAAGUUGCCAUUUUAAGUGUCAACAUUAUGCGUUUAAAAAAAGUCAACAUUUGAAUCCAUCUAAAUACUUAAAAUGUUUCAUUUAUUGUUAGUGUAAAUUCUUUAUCAGAAUGGCAGAAAUUACCUUCUACAACUUAAUGAUAAAAAUACUGGUAACUGCCAUUAUAAGAAAUGAGCAAAUCUAGUACAGCUUGUGUACCUUAUAAGUUAAUUGUAAAAAACAAAAGGUACAUCGGCAUAGCAGGAGAAAGAUGAGAAGCUUAAUCUUCUGUUGCAGAUCAGAGUAGAAAAUAUCAGUAAUUGAAGAGCAAAAACAGGGUAGGUACAUAACUAUAUACAUUCAUGCUUUCUUCCAGCAGGAUCUAGUUAAACAUUGAUAUUCUCUGCAUUUCAAAAGGUAUAAAGUGUAAUUUUAGCUAGCAGCAUGGCCUGCUUUAACAGUUUUCUUCAAAUGGUGGUAGUUUGGCAAGAUCUUCAUCAGAAAAUCGAGCUGAAGAGUCUGUGGCUGAAAUGAGAUAACAGACAUGAUGAUGAGCAUAAUGCACAAAAGUUUUCUCUGCACACAAACUUUUAAACAAGUGGGCAUGUAUGAAAAUCUUACAUAAAAACAUUAAAUAUGAAAUAUCACUUCAGUGUUUUCUUGGUGAAUGUGACGGAAAUGAGAGAAACUGAAUAUUUUACACAUUUUCAGACAGUCUGUUGAUGCUGAGUUUUUGCCCAUGGUGUUACUGCGUUUCUCAGCUCUAAUGCUGAAUGCUUAAAAACAAUUAUUUGCAUCAUAAAUGUGACCCAAAUCCAUAUGAAACUCAAGUGUGGCUAAUGUAGCAUUUGUCUUGCACUUGUACGAAAUGCUCAGAGUUGUAAAAUAUUAAAAACUUUCUAUAUAGAUCCCAGAUACAAGUUAGAGGGAGAAUUAUUUUUAAAAAUCUGAAUCUAAUAAAACAUCAGAUUUUUAGUUUCAUCAGGAAAACAUACAUGUGAUUAACCCACUUGGAAGCUCAAAAUAUAAUGCUUUGAUAUUCAAUUUGCAAUGCUAAUGCUACAUCUAGGUUAUUUGUCUACACCGACGAUGUUUUCCAGUCACAGAUCUCCAUACCUGGGGUCUCUCAGUCUGCACUCUCCUCAUACAUCCAGAGCCGUAGAUGACCGUGUUCUCGGGUAUGACCUCACAAGUGUUGACCUGACAGAAGGCUCCAAUUAUACAGCCACUGGUGAGGAUUACAUUCCUGCCAACAUCCGCUAGUCAACAAAAAAGAUAUUUGGUAACGUGAGUGACUUCAUCGAAAUUAUACAGACUUGAACACUCACUGAAAGCCAAAGAAACGGAAGGCAAUAUCCCACCUUUAGAUUCAAUCACAUUGUUGUCUCCAAUUUUUAAAGCUUGCGAUACUGUUUGUUGUCAGUUGAGGCAAAACAUGAUUUUUUUUUUUACAAAGAUUUAUGUUACAAUUUAAAAAUCUUAUAUGGAGCAGUACUGGCCAGAUUAGGUAAAAGGAUACCACAGCCAACUUCAAAGACGUUGUUGAUACCGAUGGUCAUUGUUUUUGGUUCCACCUCAGUAUCAGGUGUAAUAUUUUCUGGGUAACUGUGGGGAAGAUCACACAAGCUCGCAUGUAAGAACAGUGACAGAUCACCAGAGAUGGUCAACGAUGGUUAACCUAGUGGAAAACAUGGUACACCGAGGCCUUAGAUAACCUGUUAAUGAUCAGAGCUUGCUCUUCAAUCAAGUUGCCUUCUCCGAUGACAAUGGGUCCUGCCUCAGCAAUGAUGCGAGCUUUUGGGUGGACCACGGUCCUGGCGCCUGGAGAAACAGAGGUGCAGCAAGUAAUCGAGCACAGUGAUGACAGCCAUUCAACUCCUGCCUUGGGACUGAUCUGCUGUGAGAGAAAAGCAAGUUUUCUGAACUCCGAUUACUGGGCAUAGUCUUACCUAUGGUAACGUCUCCUCGGAUUUCGCUUUCAACACAAACCACGGCUCCAGCUGCUAUCUUGACACUGCAACAGAAACGAGAAAUGUUUUUGUACAUGCUAGCUAACGCUGCUAGCUAGCUACUUCAUUGAGCUGUCUUAACUGGCCACAUCAGCAUCUUCAAUUCGCUGUAACUAAUUCUUCUUUACUUCUAUUAUUUAUUCUAAUGGAUUUUAUGCUUAGCUACGCCGCUAAAAGUCAUGUUCGCAAUAAUGUACACAUUACCUCUUCUGAGCAUUUUGUUUGUCUGCCAUUGUGAACGAUGAAGUCCGAUGGGAGGCACCGUUGAGCCACUCGAUCAUCGAUUUAGAGUCCUUGACGUUUCAGCGUACGUACAAGUGUAAAGGGAGAAAAAAGAACAACAAAACCCAAACUUAUUUAUGUGUAAUUUUUUUAUAUAGCUUAUUUUUUCUCUCUGUUGAAAGUGUUUCCUGUCUUAUGGAGUUUUCAGAUUGUGGAAAUGUGUACAGAUCUCCAUAUAUUUAGACAGACAAUAUCUAAUUUUCAUAUUUAAACAUAAAAUGUAGGAACAAUUUCAAUGUUUCUUGUUACAGCUUUACUUUUCUUUUUUUCCACACAAUUAAACGAUUUGAUCAUAUUUUAUUCACAUUUAUUACAAAAAAAACCCCACUGAAAACAAAUGUUUAAACUGAGACAUUGUGAUAAGAUUAGGAAUUAUAUACUCAUUUCUUAUCUUUUCCAUCUUGGUUAUUCCCAACAAAAAUCUCAGCAUCUUUAGCUCUUUCACCUCCAUCUCAGCCUCCUGUGUUUUUGUCAGUGCCACCGUCUCCAAACAUACACCAUGCUACCUGCUCACAUAGAUCACAAUAUCAUCUCCAAACACCAUUGUCCACAGACUCCAGCUUGGCCUGAUCUAUCAGCCCAUCACCACUGCAAACAAAAAGGGGUUCAGAGCCGAUCCUUCAUGUAGUCCCACCCCCACCUGGAAGCCACCUGUCAUUCCUACGGCAUACCUCACCACUAUCUCGCUGUCCUCAUACAUGUCCUGCACCACCCUCACAUAUUUCUCUCUGGCACUCCUGAGUUCCUCAUCCAGUACCACAGUUUUAUUGGGAAUACUGUGUCAUAUUCGACUUUAGUGCCGAUCGCAAACAUGAAUAUGUGCAAUAACCAUUCCAUUACCUAACAAUUAUUGGGGUAGUAGAACAGGUAUAGUACUUUGGCCCUUCUCGCUCCCACUAGUGCCAAAACAAGUACACGGAUCGAAAGUAACCUUUGCCAUGGCAAAAAGGAAGCUUAAGAAAAACAAUACAUGUCACUCGUCUUCAGUAGCAUCGGUUAAACCAAAGAGCCAGAAAGAAAUGGCACAAACGGAGAAAAGUGCCACUUUUGCCCUUGCUGCUGUUGCUUUGGUCGUGGCUGUUUGCGUGGCACCACUAGCAGCUGAAAUAUCUUCGUCUGAUAUACAUCAUCAUAAGCACCUGUCCCUGAAGAUGGAUGAGGCACAGCUGACGGUCAACAAUGAGUUGUCAUAUGAGGUGCAGGUGUCUUGGAUGUCACAGCGCUGCUACCAGUGUUUGUACCAGCAGCUAGGGGUGGUACCUGCAGGGCUUGAGCCUGGUCAGCCCAGUUCAGUAAACUUUGUUGUAAGCACACAGCAUGAAAUAACACUGCAGAUCAACAGCACACCUAUCGAGCUGGAGCUCUG